AUGAUUAUCCUAAAACGAAAUCUUCGAGGUAUUAUAAGGAAAAUACAGUCUGUUCUUUUACUAGUGGUAACUAUUUCUUUAUUAUUCUAUUAUACCUUCCAAAAUGAGAUAAAUAUGUUGAAUUCUUAUGCUGAGAACGAAUAUGUUCCAUCUAUUAAUACAGUAAUCUCUUCAGAUAAUACCGCGGAUUCUUUAGUGAACCCUCCUGGAUUUAAUAAUAAUAAAAAUCAUAAUAACCAGAAUGAAAAUAUUAAUGGCUUACCAAGGCCCUUUGGUGAUAAAAACAAAAUUCAUGAUUCUUCUUCCGACAAUCCUAUCAAUAAUAAUAACCCUAAUAAUAAUAUUCCCCCUAAAGAUCCGAGUAAAGAUUUAUCUGACCCAGCAGUAUUAAAAGUCAAAAAUAAAUAUUUUCCACUAUUACUCCCUAAUAUUUCUGUUGCAUUUGAUUUCGAAACUAAAGCUCAAAAAUUAAAUAAUGAAGCUCAUUUAGCACCACCUCCACAAGCGCAAGCGGUAAGAGAAAAUCAUCCAGUAUUGUAUGAAGUUUCAUUACCCUCAUCUUUCAAUAUAUUAGAAAACGAAAAUGAAAAUUUAAUUCAAGCUACAUAUUUUGAAGAUGGUGGUAAACAACAAAUUGAUAUGCUGGCAGAUAUUAAAGCUAUAUUUUUGAAAUCAUGGAAUCAAGAAAAUAUAUAUGCAAGAGCAAAAAGUAGGUUAGAAGUGGAUUGGCCAAUUACUUUGAUUGAAUCACUAGAUACACUAUUUAUUCUUGAUAACCAGGAAGAAUUUGUUAAGGCUGUGGAUCUAAUCGGGGAGAUUAACUUUAGUAUUCCUCCGGAACAUUACAAAGUAGCAGAUAUUGCAGAUAUGUCAAGGAGAGUUCUUGGGGGUCUAUUAUCAAGUUAUGAAUUGUCUCAGAAUACCAUUUUAUUAGAGAAGGCAAAGCAGCUAGCAUCUUUUUUAUUACGCGCUUUUGAUACUCCAAAUAGAAUGCCUAUUCUUCAUUUUUUUUGGCAAUCAACUUUAAAAAAUAGAUUUCCAUAUCAAAAUUCAAAUUUAGGGCAGUUAAAUUCCAUGUCUUUAGAAUUUACAAGAUUAGCUCAACUUACGGGUCAAAGCAAAUAUUUCGAUGCAAUUUAUAGAAUUUAUAAGAUAAUGGCAGAUUCAUCAAAAGAAUUCGAUAUCGAUUAUUUGUUUCCAAUUAACAUUGAUGCUACCGGUUGUCAACUAUUUAGUUCAGAGGAGAUAUCAUUAGGUGACCAUGUUCGUGAUUCUCAAGUAAUGAAAAGUAUUAAUGAAGACUUAAAGUUCGUUCAAUGUCAUCAAACAGGUAAAUUCAAAAUUGGUAAAGACGAUAAACUAGACGGCAAGGAAACGUUUUCAAUGGAUAGGGAUACUAUAUCAAUAUAUGAUACUUUAGCGAAAUUAAGACAUUUAUUGAACAACCACGAUCUAUUACAACUUUCAGAAAGCUCUUUAAAAGCUUCACAACCCGGUGAAGAAACAAUAAAUGUAAAAGAAGAUUCAAAAACUAGUGAUAAUAAUGAAGAUGAAAAAGAAUUAGAAAAGACCAAAAAGAUUAAGCAACCCUGGGUAACUUCCAAACAAUUGUUUGUAUCAGCUCUAGAGUCGGUUAGAGAAUUAAUGUUUUACACCCCAAUGACUCCUCUAUAUGAUAACCUGACCUUUAUAUCUUCACUCGAUACAAGAUCUUGGUUUAUCCCAACUACAAAUGAAAUGUCCAUUGACGUCAGCCCACAUUACGAUAUGAAUAUUGAAUCAUGUUCUUUGGCAUCUACAUUCGCAUUUGGAUCUAAAGUUUUUAAUAUAUCAGAAUAUAUUAAGAUUGCGGAAAACUUAACUAUUAGCUGUAUUAAGUAUAAUUCAUUAUUCUCGGGCAUACUCCCUAAACAUUCAUAUUAUGAUCCCUGUCUAGAUGGAAGUUCAUGUAUGUUUGACAGCGUAUCGAAGAUAAAUAAUAUUAAGCAAGGUUAUUAUUUAAGAAAUGAAAUGGAUAGCUCAGAUUCUGUAAUUAAGGUUUCUCAAAAUUUAAACAAACAUCCAAUUUUAGAAAAAGAAAAUGAUAACAAUAUGAUUACCAAAGUUUUAAAUUUCAAAUCUCACAGUAAGAAAUCUAUUUUACAAAUGCCACCUGGCUUUAUUAAUGAAAAUGGUGAAUGGUCAGAUAAUCCAGAACAACCACUGUGGAUUAAUCAGCUUGAUUCGAGUUUACUGUUAUCACCAUAUACAAUCCAGUCUAUUUUCUACAUGUAUAGAAUCACUGGAGAAAAGAAAUGGAGAAGUCUAGGGAAAUCAUUAUUUAAUAUGAUAAUAGCGAGGUUACAAAAGGAAGGUGAAGGUGCAAAGCAGACAUGGGUUAUUAAAGAAGUUGAUAAUAAUGGACCAGCAAUUAUACCUAGCUAUUGGUUUUCACAGACUUUAAAAUAUUAUCUAUUGUUAUUCGGUAAUGGAUUAGACUAUACAUUAGAUAAGUACGUCUUCACUACUAAUGGACACUUAAUAAAAAGAACAAACACUAUUCAAGGUACCACUAUUUAA